CUGGAAGGAAGGAAGGUGAUGGGUUGCUUGCAGUGUCGUUACUAGGAACGAGUUCCUUUUGAGAGAAGAUCCAGAGAGAACAAUAAGUCUCUGCUCAUCCCAGCUUCAAAAGAGGACAAUCCGUUGGCUUUGUGUGCUGUUGAAUUCCUCCUCCAACAUGUUGGCAAUCAAAGAGGAAGCAGGAGAAGACCUUGACGUCACCCCAGCUGGGAGUAGCAAUGGCGGACCCUGGGGAAUUGCUGUGGAGAAGACCCCCGAGGAGGACGCUCUUGGUCCUGAUGUAAAGCCAGAGCAAUGCAAAAAAGAACCAGGAGAAGACCUUGAUGUCACCCCGGCUGGGAGAAGCGAUGGCGGACCCUGGGGAAUUGCUGGGGAGAAGACCCCCGAGGAGUAUGCUCUUGGUCCUGAUGUAAAGCCAGAGCAAUGCAAAAUACCCCCGGCAGGAGAGACCAAUGAGGUUGUGCCGGGCACCAAGCAGGGAGCACCCCUCCGGUGGGUGGUGAAGGAGGAGGGCAACGGAAGCGCAACGGUGCUGAGCGAAAACGAAUUGAGCCUACAUCCUCUUCAUCCUUCUUUCUCAGGCAAAGAUGGGAGCCUUGAUAUGCAAAAAGGAACCAACGCAGGAGAGAAACCAUAUAAAUGUCUGGAAUGUGGAAAAACCUUCACUGAGAGGGCAAGCCUUAGAGCGCACAGAGUAAUGCACACAAUCAAAAAAAUAUGUAAGUGUGUGGAGUGUGGAAAAAGCUUCAGUGUGAGAGGAAACCGUGAUGUACAUACAAAACUCCACACAGGAGAGAUAGCAUUUAAAUGUGUGGAGUGUGGAAAGAGCCUCGGUGCGAAAGGGGAACUUAAUGUGCAGAGAAGAACCCACACAGGAGACAGACCAUUCAAAUGUCUGGAGUGUGAAAAGAGCUACAGUACACAAUGGAAACUUAAUGAGCACAAAAAAACACACAUGGGAGAAAAACCGCAUAAGUGUGUGGACUGUGGAAAGUCCUUCACUGAAAGUUCAAGCCUUAAAGUGCACAGAAGAAUCCACACAGGAGAGAAGCCAUAUAAAUGCCAGGAGUGUGGAAAGAGUUUCACGGUGAGAGGACACCUUACUGAGCAUAUAAGAACCCACACAGGAGAGAAACCAUAUAAAUGCCAGGAGUGCGGAAAGGGCUGCGCUACAAGAUGGAAACUUAAUGAGCACAAAAGAACCCACACGGGAGAAAAACCGUAUAAAUGUUUGGAUUGUGGAAAGACCUUCACUGGGAGUUCAUACCUCAAAGUGCACAGAAGACUCCACACAGGAGAGAAACCAUAUAAAUGUGUGAAAUGUGGAAAGAGCUUCAGUGCAAGGACAAAUUUUAUUGUGCAUGAAAGGACCCACAUGAAAGAGAAAUGAUAUAAAUGCCUGGAGUGCGGAAAGAGCUUCCGUGAAAGAGGAAGCCUUAAUGUCCAUACAAGGACCCACAUGGGAGGGAAACCACAUAAAUAUGUGGAAGAGUUUCAGUGCAAGGGGGGGGGGGGCAAAAGCAAUUCAGGUAAAAGCAAUUAAGGGUGGAGGUAUGCAGGGGAUAGGUUGCAGCUGGGUGUUACUGGAUUUAAGGAGCUAACCUUGAGACUGAUCUUUGGGAGAAAAGUAUCUGUUGCAUUUUGGUGGUGGAUGCUGCUGGUCUUUCCCCCAGGUCUUUUGGAUUUUCGGUAUCCUGACCUGUCUCCUGUAAUUUUGGAACCCUUGAACCUUUGGACUGGCUUUUGACUAUGGUAUAGACCAGGGGUCCUCAAACUUUUUAAACAGAGGGCCAGGUAACAGUCCCUCAAAGUGUUGGAGGGCCGGAUUAUAAUUUGAAAAAAGAAUGAAUUCCUAUGCACA